AUGGCAAAAGUGGAAGUUCAAAUUCGUCGAUGUUUCUGUUGCGGUCUCUCCGUUGCCACAUCGGUCAUUGCCGUCUACACAUUCAUUCUCUACCUGCUUCUCGCCAUCGCAGCCGGAGUUGCUCUAUCGGACACUGCUACAAAUGGAGAUUCCUCACAUUACAAUUCUUGUGAACUAGAAGCACAAGGAAAAAUCAAUGCCGAGAAUAGAAAAUUGACAUUCACAGGAGGACGAACUGUUGUUGUUGUGGAGGAUUCGACCUCUUAUCAUUGCUCACUUGGACUUUAUACCGAAGAAUUGAAAUAUUCGGCAGCGAAUCGCUAUACAUCCCUUGUCAUCGAUAUCAUCCUCUAUGUCUCCAUUUGUCUUGCUUCUGUAAUCCUCCUCAUCGGACUUUGCAGUUACAAUCAAUGGCUUCUGAUUCCGUGGGGAUUCCUGAUGAUCAUCGACAUUGUUCGUGGAUUCAUUUCGGUGUUCUUCAUCUUCUGGUAUUCUUACGGUAAUUUAGCAAGAAUUGCUACUGGAAUCUUCUUCCUUGGACUACAAUUCCUUCAUAUCACCUUGUUGAUGACAAUCAUCGCCAAGUUCCAAAGAAUUUCCAACAGAAAGAAUGGAAUUCCAGAUAAAGUGUACGAUGUCCGUGGAGGAUCCCGUGCUCCAUCCACCUACUACGGUGAGACUCAUGCAGUUGCUCCACCAGUACACAGAGGAGAGAACUACUAUCCGGACCAGCAUAGACAACAACCAUAUGGCCAUUAUGAUCAACAACCACCAUACAGAUACUAA